ACAAGCCCGCUUUGAUUUGGGCUUAAAAUGUGAUACUAUUAUAAUAUGGUUAUUUGUGUAAACCUCGAUUAUUGCUAAAUGUGCUAGUUUAAAAGCAGUGUCAUUUGUAAGUUGUUUGAAGCAAUUGAUAAAUAUUAUGCUCAGUUGCUAGUUGCUACUCUACUGCAAUUUUCCCUUGGGAACGCUAUUUGUUAUUCAGUAGUGAGAAUGAUCAACAAAUAAGAUUCUGAGAAUGACCAACUUUCAAAGCAGUUGCUACAUAAUCUUUGUGACGAUUUCAAAGCAGAUCAACGACUUGUUGGAAUUUUAUUUGAUAUAUAUAUUCUUCGUGAUUUUAUCUAAUACAUUUGAUAAAGUCUGGGAUUGUAUCUGAUACUGAUACAUCCCUCUGUCACGAUUUCAAAGAAGUAUGUAUCUUGUAUCUACCCAUCAAAGACUUUUCUAAUUUUCACCAUUUUAAACCAUGAUUAUAUCUGAAAUACAUCCGUCGAAUACAAUUUGUUUCUAGCAUCUCUUUCCUCUCUCACCCAUCUCUCUCAAACUAUUGCUAGUUAUUUCUCACAAUUAUGGAUCAAACUAUAAUUAUCUAUGAAAAUUCUUUUAUGUAAUUAUAUAACAUGUUCUAGCUAAUCUCUUUGGUGAAAAGUAGGAGCACAAGGAUUAAGUCCAAUAGUGAAAUGGGCCACCACGUAUGGACACAAUUUGACUUAAAAGAAAAUUCAAAGAACUGACCUAGGAAGGUUCAGUUGAUUCUUGAAUGAUACAUUGAACGACAUCCUUCCAUACUAAAAAACAAAUUAAAAUCCACCGACUCCCAUUUUUUAACUUAAAAAAAUUCAUUACAUGGAACCCAUAUAUAGCCUCCCAAAUCCAAUUAUAGAGUGACUCAUCUCUCUUCAACAGUGCCUAAAACUCCUUUCAUUACCAUCAAUUUUUCUCUCUUUUCCUUUUUGGUAUCCUCUUUUUUCAUUUCUUGUAAUACUAACACCAAAAACAUAUAAUCCAAAAUGAUGAACAAAAGAGGAAAACAAAUAAUGUCAAGGCUUCAAGUUGAUCAACUUGACCAAUUAAGGGACAUAUUUUCAAGAUUCGACAUGAAUGAUGAUGGUAGCCUUACUCAUUUAGAGCUAGCCGCACUAUUACGUUCAUUGGGACUAAAGCCCAAUGGGGACCAAAUCCAUGUUUUGUUAGCUAAUAUGGAUUCUAAUGGAAAUGGGGCUGUGGAAUUCGAUGAACUUGUCAAUGCAAUUAUGCCUGAUUUGAUUAAUGAACAAGUAUUGGUAAAUCAGGGGCAGCUUUUGGAAGUUUUUCGAUCGUUCGAUCGCGAUGGAAAUGGGUACAUUACAUUGGCUGAGCUGGCAGGAUCAAUGGCUAAAAUGGGGCAGCCAUUGUCGUAUCGCGAACUAACUGAGAUGAUCAAAGAAGCUGAUGUUGAUGGAGAUGGUGUAAUUAGUUUUAAUGAAUUUGCAACUGUUAUGGCAAGGUCUGCUGCCGAAUUUCUUGGAAUUUCUGUUUUAUAGUCUUAUGAACUGAGGUCGAUUGUUCAUUAUUUGUAUCCAUCAGCUGUACAAAAUUUAUAAUUUUUUGCUGAUUAUCCUAAUUUCUGAAUAGUUCUGGGCUCUGCUUUGAAUCGAUUCAUGGGAUAUUUUAGACUUUGUUUUAUUUUAAGCUUAGCUAAAACAUUGCUUUCCUUGCGGAGA